AACCAAUAAUUUGUUUUUCACGACACGCAGUUUCUUUGCAGUCUUCCCGUUCUUCCUGCGACACAAAUUCUUCUCUCUUUGGUCUAUCUGCAACCAUAUUCUCUUCUCUUGGGUCUGUCUGAAACCAUAUUCUUUUCUCUUGGGUCUGCUUGCAACCAUAUUUUCUCUUUGGUCAGACUGCAACAAUAUUCUGCCCUAGUAUUUUUUGACCUGAAAAAGGGUCAAAAUUAAUGACUCAACAUUAAAAACUAGAUUUAUAACUUAUCAAAUAGUUGAACAAUAUACGUACAGCUUCUCCUAAACCUUUUUAUCUCAGAUAUUGUUCCCCCAGGUACCCCCCCCCCUUCGGACAAAAUAAGGGGGCACGUUCCCCUGUGCCCCCUACCUUACUUUUGCUACCCUACUCUUACUUUGGUCUAUCUGCAACAAAUUCUUCUCUUUGAUCAGUCUACAACCGUAGCUAUGGUCUAUCUGCAACAAAUUCUUCUCUUUGGUCUGUAUGCAACGAUAUUUCUCUCUGGAUGUAUCCCUUCUGGUCUCCCCUUGGUCUCCUCACAACGUGGUUCUCUCACUGAUAAAAGGCAAAACUGUAGUCUAGACCGCAUAGUAAGGAACAUCACCUUACUUUGACAACAACUAAAUAUCUUUAUAAAUAUCUUAUAUUGUACUUUAGUGAAAAGUUAUCAUAAGAAUUUUCAGCUUACUGAUUACAGCUGCAUGAGAAAUAUUCGAUUUAGGAUGGAAGGUUUAGACAGCGUUUUUACCGAGGAAAUUCCAGCUCCAUCAAAUCAAGGAUCCCCUUCACUUAAUAUUCAUAUCAGACGAAAACGUGAAAAGCUUGUGCGACGGAUGCGCCAGUUUUCUUCCACCCAUCUUCUUGGAGGAGAUUCUGAAGUGCCUAAACAAUCCUUGAAGGACAGCAGCACAGACUCGACCGACAGCGGAUGUUCUUCUAACUAUAGACGUUUCCUGUCGAGCACGAGUACUGACAGUAAUGACAGUGGACUGGGACGAGGAGAAGAUAGAGAUGAAGGAAAUGAUAAAUCAAGAAAAGAAGGAAAUAAACUGGAGUUUAGAAUACUUGUACUAGGAGCAACGGGAUCGGGGAAGACCGCCAUUAUCUCUCAGUUUCUCUAUGAUUCCUUCAUCACAGAACACAUUGAGACAGUUGAUGAGAUGUAUAGAGGAGAGUUUGACCUGGGAUCAGCACAAAUAGCUUUAAACGUUGAGGAUACUGGUGGAAACUAUAUUCAGGAGUUUAGAACAAUGGCGGAUAUUUCUCUAAAAGCUGCAGACGGUUUUGUUCUCGUCUACUCAGCAGCAGAGCCAGAGACUUUCGAGGAAAUUGUGGAUUUACGGAACAGAAUAGUGGCGCUUCGUGGCGACGAUAUCCCUGUGGUUGUGGUUGGAAACAAGUGUGAUCUGGGUCCACAGCUUUACAGAGAGGAGCUUCAGGCAACUGUACUUUUGGACUGGAACCAUGGUUUUGUUGAAUGUUCCGCCCUUAGUAACACAAAUGUUUUGCACAUUUUUAAGGAGCUUCUGCACCAAGCAGAUAAACUUAACAAGAUUCCGAGUUUUGUCAAAUCCUCAAUGGCCGAUCUUAAAAGAAGAUCAUCAAUGCCUCAGGUACCUGUGUUUGGUAGGAAGGAUAGCUCAGACAAACUUGGGACAAAAGCUCCGCGUCGAAAGAAGCAGCUCUCGGAGGACACCCGGAGAAAGGGAUCAUGCUUAAUUUCUUAAUCUACAAGAAUCAGAGCAAAACUGGAGUUCAUAGCUAAAAUUUAAUCCCACAGUAAAACUUACAAAUAAAACGUACGAUUUUUUUACAAAGAGUUUUUAAAGUAAAGAAAAUGGGUUGAACCCAUUCUUACAUUAUGAAAAAACAAAUUUUAGUUCAAAUCAAGUAAAAAAAAUUGGUUUUUAGACCCCAAAUUUGUUGGUGAGUACUUCCUGUAUAUUAAUAUAUCGUAGAUAAACUGUAACUAUCUUGUAAAACUAUUGUUAUAAGUAUUAAAUCUUCUGAUUUAACCAAAAUGAUAAUU